GCUAACUCCCCCUUGUCCCACCUCCCCCUCUCAACUUAGUAAGAAUGGAGAUAAUCAGAGAAGGCAGCCUCUUCAAUCCAAGAUAAUAGGGUAGUGAUUGGAAAUAUGAGGAAGAUCAAGGAUGUGUCCUUGUUGAAGUCUGGAAUCAAAAGGCUUGGCUCAUUCUGCAGCAGAACCAGAAGUGACUUGCUGAAAGAGGAUCAAGAGGAGGCUGGAAUAUGUUUGUUUCAUGAUGAUGAUCAUGAUGACGACGAGGACGAGGACGAUUCGUGUUUAUGGUUGUCUUCAUCAGCAUCUCCUUCAUCGUUCUUCGACGAGGGAUCAUCCUGCUGCUCAUCGUUCAUUCUUGACGAAUCCACCAUCUCUUCUGACACCAGCAGUUCAUCUUCGAGAGAGGUCGUCGUCGAUCUUGCUUCUUGGGUAUCGGAGUUGGAGGAGGAUGUGACUUUCUUGGCUGAUUUGGAUUUGGAGUACUGCUGCAUUCCAUCUAAUUUCCCAAGCCCAUCUUUCAGUACUUGUGGUUCAAGUAUCAAAGAGGCAGAGGUACUGGAGGAAGCUUCAGAAUUGGAGCAUAUUGAUGAUGAUGAUGAUGAUGAUGAUCAGCCGGCUUUGUUCUGGCCAUUCGAGGAAGGGAAGCUGGGCUGGAAUCCUGAUGAAGCAUGGAUUAGCUUCGCCAUGUCCCCUCGAAAGGACAUCGACUCUACCAUGUCAAGUAAGAAACCUUCCAGAUGUCUAGAAUCAGAACAUAAGCGACAUGAUCAUCGUCAUCAUACUACGUCGAGGAUUGUCCCGAAAUUGAGACAAAUCAGCAGCCUGCUAUUGCCAAGACGAAUGUCCAGUCAUUCAGAUUCGAAGCCAGUAGCAGCUGCAACAAGAAGGGCAGCAGCAGCAGCAGCUAAUAAGGUGAAGUUCCAAUUGAGAAGGUAAUGGGGCUCGAAGAGUUUGAUGGGCAUGAAGGCAUGGAUUCAUCACAACUUGAAGAUGAUCUCAUUAAUGGAGAUGAUAAUCUUUUCUCAUUAGUGGAUUGAGGAACAAGUCUUUUUGGAGGCCAAAUGUCAUGUGUUUGUGCAUAUACGUUCUUUUUUUCUUUUGUUGUUGUAGUUUGUCUCUUGUUACUUUGAGAGAACAUGUGUGGGUGUUUACAUAUGUGUUUCUGUGCCUUCCAUUCUCAUAAAAAAAAUUUGUUUUGUAGAUUAGUGUCC